AUGGGCCUCAUCCUCAUUAUCGUCAUCAUCAUCACCGCAUACGGCACCGACCUCCUCCUCCAGCGUAUACUGCACACUACGCACGAGGAAGCCGAUCUCCUACGCGCGAUUGACGCCCUGGCGGAUGAAGUCCGUACCCACCGCGUGCGCCAGAAUUCUGUCGACCGCGAGGUGGCCCUGCUUUGCGCUGCGGCGGACGGGGACGUCAACGAGUAUAAUAAGAUUCGCGAGGAGAGUGGGACCGCCACCCCCGAGGAGAUGGAGUCAAGUAUCAAGGCCAAUGGUACCGGGCCAGAUGCCAGAAGCAAGUCGCAAGCUGCGCGCCGCUCCCAGAUCCGCCUCGCCGUCGCCGCCAGCCUUGCCUUUGGUGCCCUUAUCGGCUCUUGCCUCGGCCACCUCUAA